UUUAGACAUGAAAUUUAGUUCGUUGGUAACGCUCAUUAGUGUAUUUUCGUUCGUCCUCGCCCAAGAAGAAUGGUUGAACCCCAGUUGCCCGCAGAUUUGUGAUUGUCGAAUGACGGAAUGGGUCGCGCCGACGCCUGAGGUGGUGACGUCAUGGAGGAAAACUGAGCAAUGCAGGAAUGUGAAAGAUGUAUCGAUACCGGACGACGCGGAAGUUCUGAACUUUGACGGGAGUUCAAGAAUUAAAAUCCCGCAGCUGGUGCAAAGAAUGGCCGAGCUCAAUAAUGUAGUUGACCUGUCGCUGACAUCGUGUAAUUUAUCCAGUCUUGAUAGCGGUUGGAAGUCGACCAGUCUUUUACGCUUGAACCUGAACGAGAAUGCCCUGACAGAGGUAUCAGAGUCGAGUAUUCGAGGUUUUCCAAACCUUGAAGAGUUAACGAUUGAACGGAACAUUCUAAAACAUAUAGAAUCUAGUACGUUUCGAAAUGCAAGUAAUCUUAAGUCCCUUCAGUUGGAUUCGAACCUGCUCGAUUCUUUAGAUUGGUUGAACGGUACAGAUGGUCUGAACGGUUUGACGAAAUUGUUUCUCGGUGGUAACCGUUUAAAAUACCCGAUUCUGGUGAAUGGAACUUUUUCAAAGCUUGCUUCUUUGCGCGACUUAGUUUUAGACGGAAUGGGCAUACGUAGAAUUAAAGGGGGUGCUUUUAAAGGUUUGGAAUUGCUUGAAACCUUGGAUUUAGACGGAAACGCGCUUCAGUCUAUUCCAUCUGAAGCUCUCCGUUUCUUGCCGAAAUUAAAAUUCCUAAACAUGAACGAUAACCUCAUUAAACAACUCGGCGACAAGUCCUUCAGUGAGAUGCGCAACCUAGUGUCGAUCGAGUUGACCAACCAACCUGAGCUUCGACUUGUAGAUGAUCGUUCGUUUUUUAACUUGAAAAGUCUUGAAAGAGUUCUCUUGUUUGGCAAUCCCAUGUUGUCUUACAUUGGCAAAAAUGCGUUUGUGUCUUGUCCCGAACUGAGUCUUAUCGACUUACACGAUACAAUGAUCGAGAGUUUGGACAAGGACGUCGUGGAUGGCCUGCCUUCACUUGUUUCUAUCGAAAUGAAAGGAAAUCCGAUUAAUUGUAACUGUGUAAUGAUGUGGUUAAAGGAUUGGCUCGUCGACCAAACUGCUCGUGAUAAAGUAGUAUGUGCGAGUCCACCAAGAUAUCGACUCAGUAGACUGGUUGACGUCAAUGAUAAUGACGUCACAUGUGCGCCCACCGUUCAACCAACGUUCCCACUUCGAAUGGUGGUUCCCGACACACAACAAGUCGUUUUAAACUGCAGAACAUUUGGAAUUCCACAACCAAAGAUAGUUUGGUUUCUGUCCUCAGGCGACAUAAUCAGAAACCAAACUGAAGCUCAAAGACAUCAAAUGAGUUUAGAUGGUUCUGGAACACUAACCAUAUUGAAACCAAAGAGCGGCGAUUAUGCUUGUACAGCUGAAAACAACAGAGGAAUGGCAAGUAGGAAGGUGUCUGUACAAGUUCUUCACUCAACAACGGUCAAGUCAAAAGUAAACACGCAACCUGCACCAACUACAAUGAUAUCAACACCAGAAGUAACUUCUGCAAAUACACAGAGAAAUCCUACAUUUGCUCAAGUAGAUGCAACCACAAAGAUAGAACCAAGCACUUUGAGCAAACUAAUAACACAGUCACAAUCUACUACAACAAACAGAAAAAUAUCAACAAUACCUACAACAACUGAGGUGACAAUACCAACAAUUAUGUCAACAAAGAAAAAUAUCAUAUUGACAAAGACAACGAAACAACAUCAGAAAGUAACAGAAGCCAUUCAAUCUACAAUUAAGAAAGCUGUCAAUGAAGAUAAAAACAAGGCAGAGCAAGUGUUACCGAUUUACAUUCCUGUGCCAAAAGUUCAAAUUCUUGAAGUAACAGCAACAUCUGCACUUAUAACAUGGAGGUCACCGAAUCAAUUGAUUGAAUUCAUGAAGGAAUAUUCACCAUAUGAGAUGAUGUUAAGCUUGGAACAUGAUGGCAGGGUUAUAUACACAGACAAAGUGGAACCAAUUUCAGUGUUUCCUAGCUGGGAGGUGGAGUCACCAGAAUACAAUAUAUCUCUACUGGAACCACAACAAACAUACAAGGUUUGUUUGAUUGUAUCAUGUUGUGCACCAUAUGUGAGAGAGAACAAAUAUUGUACAAUGCUUCAUACGAAAAUAAUUCACAAUGAAUAUGAGAAUAUACCACUUGCUAUUUCUCUUUCACUAUGUGUGGUAAUCUUGAUCAUUGGUUUCUACUUACUUGUGCGAUGUGGCCCUCACUUCUUUAAGCAGAGAUGGAACAACAAUGCCUAUAUAGGCCUUGACGAGCAGAGGGGGCAUAAAUUUGAGAUACCGAUGAAUGAACUGUAUCCACCACUAAUGCAGGGUGCAUGGGAAAGUGAUGACACCCCAAAACAAAGUGAUCGACUUAUCAACACUACAGCAAGCACUGUGUACACAUGAAUGGCUUCUUAGGAGACCGUAACAGUUUUAGUUACUUGGUUACUGUGAGAUGUCUUUUAUCAAGUCAUGAAAAGACAAUCCAAGAUAUUUAGCCCUGUUUCUUUCAUGUUUAAUUGAUACUAUCCAAAGAACUAAGGUUCUGAUUAAGUUUGCAGCAAUGUAGUGGAUAGCAGUAAUAUUUUUUCUUCAAUCAUAUUUAUGUUGUAAAUACAAUCAAUGGUAAAGUUUUGUUUAAAUUUAAAUUCUGAUUUCUAACUGUCAACCAGUCCCAAACAGUUCAUAAAUCAAAUUGUAAAGUACUUCAUAACUCAAUUCGAAAUUCUACUAUGAAUGCAGCACUAAUUCUACGCAUGUGUAAGAACUAACCAAGAACCCCACAACACAUAAACUUAUCCACCAAACAACCAAGAACAAUACUUACAAUACUACAACCUAUUUUUUUAGCGACAAUGCAUACAUACAUCCCAUAUGUUAAUAAUAAUAAAUAUAGCGGGAAACCUAA